CCCUCUUCAUUCAACAUGCAAAAAUAAAUUAUCGGAAAAGUUAACAUCCUUAGAUCUCUAAUUAUUCUUGUGAAGCAUCUGAUGAUUUGGGAUGAUUUGUAAUAUUUUUUCUUAAUGCUUAAAAGUACGGAUUAUUUAUAUUAAUUUCAUUUUCCUUUUUCGCUUUUAUUUCCUUUAAAUGAUUACAGAGCCACCAUAGCCAUUCACAUAAAACAAACCUCAGAAUUUUCUAUCCCAAAAAGCAUCAUCGACAUAUACGAAAACUUUUUAACCAGCUGUCUGAGAACUUUUGGUUCUAAAAUCAAAGUCAGGGAAGGCAGUAUUUAAGAUUGACUUAUGUUGCUUGCUGAAUGGUAGUUUCUGAAGGGCCUGAAAUUCAUGAGAAUCGAGAUGAAAGUGUUGAAGCCAUUAGUGCACCUUCUGGUGCCGCUAUGCGUUCACUUGAUCGCUGAUGCGAUGACUAAGUCUGUGCUGGUUGAUGUCACCACCUCUGCUCUCUGCCAUGGCAAAUCCUCCUGCUCUCAAGCUAUUUACAUCAAUGGACUCCAGCAAACUGUUGAUGGGAUAUUCAAGAUGGUGGCGGUUCCUAUACUUGGUCAACUUGCAGAUGAUUAUGGGAGAAAACCAAUUCUACUUCUCACUGUAUCAACUACAAUCUUCCCUUAUAUUUUACUUGCCAUUAGUCAAUCGAGGGGUUUUGUAUAUGCUUACUAUGUGGUUCACACACUUUCUGAUAUAAUAAGUAGACAUGGAAACAUUUUCUGCAUCUCGUAUGCUUAUGCGGCAGAUGUUACUGAUCAGAGCAGUACAGCUGCAGUUUUUAGUUGGAUGCAUGGUUUAUUUUCUGCUUCCGAUUUCCUAGGAAAUGCCCUGGCACGUUUUCUUCCAGAGAACUACAUCUUUGAGGUUUCAAUAGGUCUUUCGGCAUUUGCUCCUGUUUACAUGGCGUUGUAUCUAGUGGAGACAGUUAAACCAAUCAGUGGAGUGAAUGAGUGUCUUCCUAAUGUGAACAAGGCGAAGAAGUUUAUGUGGGAUCGGUAUGACUCUAUGAGACGUGCUGUAUUGAUUGUCAUCAGCAGUCCAACGUUGAAGUGCAUCACCCUGAUAAGUUUCUUCUUCAAACUCGGAAUGACUGGCAUCGAUGCAGUCUUACUGUACUAUUUGAAAGCUGUUUUUGGUUUUAACAAAAAUCAAUUGUCAGAAGUUUUGAUGGUCGUGGGAGUAGGUUCAGUUGUGUCUCAGAUGGUCGUGCUUCCGCUUAUCUAUCCAUUUGUUGGGGAGAAAUUGAUGUUUUGCAUUUCCUUGUUGGCAUCCAUAGCAUAUGCGCUGCUUUAUGGAUUGGCUUGGGCACCAUGGGUGGCUUAUUUGAGUGCAUCUCUUGGAGUCAUCUUCAUCUUAUUUACACCGGCCUCUUAUGCUAUGAUAUCCCGCACAAUGAGCUCAGCUGAUCAGGGUAAAACACUAACACUUAUUGAUGGUGUGACAGCAAUUGCCAUUUUUUUAUCUCCAAUCGGAAUGAGUCCAUUGACUACUUGGUUCUUGUCUGAAAAUGCACCAUUCAACUGCAAGGGGUUCAGCUUUAUUUGUGCUUCUUUGUGCUUGGUUGUGGCAUUAUGCUAUGCGUGCACGCUGCCAAUGCAAGUACCAUUGAAGAAGGCAUCCGAAGACGAGAUAGAGAGCAUUGAAGCGCCUCUUCUUUCUUCAUGAUGAACUGAGAGGUGAUCAUUUGUGUACCACCAAAUGACACUGCCUGCGGGAAAAGAUUUCUUUCUAUAUACAAUUGUACAGUACACCACAUAAACAUGCAUGCGGGAAAAGAUUUCUUUCUGUAUA